UGAUGGUGCUUCCGUGAUGGUUGGCAAACGCUCUGGUGUUGCUGCAAGACUGAAACAGGUCAAUCCUCUACUGUUAAAUGUACAUUGUGUUUGCCACCGUCUUGCCCUUGCAUGCACAGAUACCAAUCAUACCUUGAAAUACAUCAGCAAUGUAGAGCUAUUGCUUAGGCAGUUAUGGCAGUACUUUCAGAACUCGCCAAAAAGAAUGGCAGCAUAUUUGAAAAUUCAAACCCAGCUGAAAUCUGUACGGCUUGAGGGCAAAGCUGUAAAGGGUGUAACCAAACGCCUGAAAAAAGCAUGCCACACACGAUGGUUGAGUUUUGAAGCUUCGGUAAAAGCUGUUCAUGAAGACUACGAGGCAGUUCUCCAAACGCUUGCGCAUUUCCAAGAGAGUGAUGCAAUAGCCUCAGGUUUGCUGACGAAGAUGAAAAAGCUCAAAUUUAUUGGCGUCAUCUACAUUCUUAGAGACAUUCUUCCCAUCCUUGGUGAUCUGUCCCGUCGAUUCCAAAAGGGAUAUUUGAGUUUUGCAGCCAUUGUACCCGCUAUAAAUAUGACAAAAGAUAGGCUACAUAAUCUCGUUGCUGAUGCCAAACCAAUGGAAAGUCUUAGUCGGGACAUUGAAUCAUUCACUGACAUGUGUGCUGAAAUCAAAAUGAAUCAAAAUGACGCAAAGGAACUGCAUACUCUAUUUGAAAAAUAUGUCAGUGCUUUGGUUGAGAACAUUGACAACAGGUUUACAGAUAGCUCACCAGUCUUGGAAGCAUUCAAUGUUUUUGAUCCAAUGCUGGUGCCUGAUUCUGGUGUUGAGAUGAGGAGUUAUGGUCACGGUCAAAUUGAAGUGCUGUCUAAUCAUUACUUCAAGGAAAAUCCUGAUAAAUCAGACAGACUGAAAGCAGAGUGGGAAGGAAUGAAAUAUCAUUUGAGAGAUGUCAUCAAACCUAGCAUGCCUGAUUCUGUUAAAUCAGGCAAAGAACAAACAGAAACUACUACUGAAUGGUGUCUUCUACAACUGCUAAAGAAUAUUGCAGUGAGGCAACUGUAUCCCAAUGUAAUCUACAUUGCAGAAGUGAUAGCCUCACUCCCAGUUUCUAAUGCAUGGCCUGAGAGAGGUGCUAGUACACUGAAGGCUUUGAAAACAAGGCUGCGUAACAGACUGAGUACAUCCAUGUUAGAGUCUUUGCUUCACAUUUGCAUAAAUGCUCCUAAGCCAUCAUCCCUGGAAGGUCAGCAGCUAGUGAAGGCAGCUGUAAAUGCAUGGUUAGAGAACAGAAACAGGCGUAAACUUCCAAAACAGUCUGGAUCAGCAACAGUCACAGCUGCUAGUGCUACAAGUGUCAUAGAUGUUGAGGAUGCUGGAGUCCAGACAGAUCCAUAUAUGGAUGUUAGUGAAGAUGUCAUCAGGACAGCAGUUGACAUUGCUUUAAAAAAGCUUAGCCUUGACGAGUAUGAUGCUGGCGACUCAGAUUCAGACUGGUCAGAUGACGAAGAUUGUUGUUCCAAAAAUUUGUGACUGUGCAGUUUGGUAAUACUUCAAGUUCUUAAACAAAUAAUAAUCAAAAACUGAGUUUUAAAGUAAAGUUCACAGGUACAGUAGUUAUUAAGUGUUGUUACUUGUACCCGAAAUCGCUCUAGUGCCAGAAGUGCAUAUCAUUAUUUUCAAAAUUUUCCAAGAGAUGGCAUGCUUCUCCCUGCAAAGUCAUGACAUCUUGGGUUUUUUUCUUCAGUAUAACAAACCCAGAAAACUAAGUAAAAAGUAGUAAAAUUUAGAGACCAAAUUCGGACGAUUAAUGGGCCCACAACUGCUCAAAUGCCACGAUUUGGCACCGUUUUUUUGAAAAAUUUCCGGGGGGGCAUGCCCCCGGACCCCCCUAGCAAACUCGCGUCUUCGACGCUCGGACGUUCAGCCGCCUCAAAUAAUAUUUCAGCCUUCUACAAU